AUGAUGGAUAAUAGUUAUGACUAUUGGUUUUCAAAAUAUGAUUCAGAGUCUUUCGAAAAAGAUUUCAUCAAAGUUCCAUACAAUGAAUUCCUUAAUUAGUUGGUAUCAUGAAUCAACUUUGUUUAGAUUGUAAAUCCUGAUUUCAGUCUUCUUCCAAAUGAACCACAAUUUUCAUUAGAUAAUGGUCAUAAGACUUUGUAAUAAACAUUGCAAACAAAUCAUUAGAUUAUAUCAACAUUCUUCUUACCCUUACUUGAUAAUUCAAGAGAAUCUUUUUUAAGAUGGGUGAGAAGUGUGAUAGCAUUUAUAGAUUGUGAGAAAAUGUAUUCCAUUAUGUUUUGGAAUUUGAGUUUCAUACCUAAUUUUCUUGAAUAUAGAUUAUAUGCAAGUUUUAUUAGACUCUAUAAAUUCUUAAUCAGUUUAAACUAAAAUGUGAUUCAAACAAAAUCAUUAACAACUGAAUAAAUAAGAUUGUCAAACAAAAUCACUAUUAAAACACUUGCUGAAAAAUAUUAAGAUGCUCUAUAUGUGUCUUUUGAAGAAUUAGUCAAGUUUUAAAGAUAAAUGUUAAAAGUAUUUAAACCACUUGUUAGUUAAAAUCCUACUCUAUUAGGUAAGAUCUAUUAUUUCAUUUAUCAUAUGUAUGAUAAACCUACAAUUCAAUUACGUAAAGAUCUUGAUUUAUAAUUUGGAUAAUUAGAAUAUUUAUGGGUUAAGAAAAUUCUUGCUGAAAAUGAAUUAGCAAUUAAAUUUAUUGAUGCUUAUUUAAAUGAAGAUAAAUAGACAUUUUCAAAUAAAGAUCAAUUUUUAUUUGAAGAUUCUGAAAUAUUUAAAUAAUUAGUAAGUUCAAAUAAAUCAGAAAAUCUAUAUAAAAUAGAUGCUUAAGAUAAAUCAUUAUUAGAAAAAUCAAAGAAAAUAUAAUUUCUAAAUUCUAUGGACAAUAAAUGUAAAAGAAGAAAUCAUGAUGGUAAAUCUUCAUUCUUAGUAUAAAAUUAUAGUGUUGUUUCAGAAUCAAUGAAAUCAUCAUCUGAAAAUAGAUCUAAAACUUAUACUGAUGAAGCACCUAAAUUGAAAUAAAAUUCUAUUUAAUCUAAUUCUAUAACUGAAAAAUCUACAUUUAUUUAAUAUUCAACCAAUAAUCCAACUAAUGUAUAGAAUUCAGUUCUUGGAUUUUUAGCUAGUGAUCUUAUUCAUCUUGAAAAAGAACAUCAAUAAGAAUUCAAAAGUAAUACAUUACCUAAAAGAAUCCAAACUGAUGAUUCAAUCAAAUUAAAUGAUGAUUUAGUAGAAUUCAUAUCAAAAGCUGAUAAUUAAAUAGUUGCUAUCAGAGAUGAAGAUAUUACAUUAGAUGAUAAUUACAAAAGGAAAAGAUAUAGAAUAAAGAUUAAUAAAAAAUUUGAAGAAAAUGAAUCACCUGAUAUUAAUAGGAAAUAAACAUUUGCAAGUCUUAAUUAAUAAGAAAAUAAUGAAGAAGAAUUAAGAAAAGUUAGAGCUAGAAGACUAUUAGAAGAAUAAAAUUAAUUUUUUUAUUAAAAACUUAGAUAUGCUAGUAAUUAAGAUAAUGAUUUACCUACUGUUAAGGAUAAGGAUCUUUUCAGUAAUUAUAUCAUAUAAGUUAAGGAUAUUCUUUUGAAGAUUCAAUGAGUGAAGAUGAGGAAUCAGAAGAAGAGAUUAAAUUAAAAUAAUAAUAAUUAAAAUAAGCAAAAGUAAUAGUACCAAAAAAUUAUUCUUAAAAUACUUAAGGUAUAAUAUUUGAAAAGUUUAAAUAAUAUUCUGGAGAUUGUAUUCAAGGUGGAUCAGAAAAAAGAAAAUGUUUUUUAAAUAGAUUAUUUCAUAUGAAUGAAAAUUCACUUAGAAUAUCAGGAAGAUCUUUAGUAUUAGAUUUUGAAGAAAGAAAAUGGUAUAUAUAUUGAAUAAUAAUAAUUAAGGGAAUUAUUAAAAUAAGCUCAUUUAUCAAAGAAAUUAAUGAAAGAAGAGAAUUAUAUAUUAAAUUUUGAUGAACCAAUACCUAAUAUCAUUUAUAGAGAUAAACAUUUUAAAUAGAAAUUAAAAACAAAUUAUGAAAAAUAUUAUAAUUUUUGA